AGCAGCCGCGGGGAGACUCGCGCGUGUCUUCGCCUCCGCACUUGGACCUCCGGCGCACUCGGAGCUCACGCCCGUCCGAGCCGGUCUCAGCGCGUCUUUCCCGCGCUUUUUCAGUGCGCGAGUAAUUGGUCGUUGUGCGAUCGCUCGAUUGAUAUGUGCCGGGGUGCGCAGCUGUGAGAUCGGGAGUGCGACGAGGGAAUAUGUGGCCCCCCAGCAUGCGAUCGGCCAGUCGGAGGAGCAAGUGGGAUGCGACGGCGGGCUCUCUGCUCCUUGUUCUCGCCGUCGUUUCCGGCACGCUUGGCGAAAUCGACGUGACGAUAAAAAUACCGAUUGCCGUGGCCGAAAACUCGACAGUCAAGAUGACUUGCGAUUACGAUCUGCGCUCAAUGCCAUUGUAUUCGGUCAAGUGGUACAAGAGCAGGGAUGAGUUCUACAGGUUUAUCCCGAAAGAGAUGCCAUCCAAGUCCGUCUUUCCACUCCUCGCUGCAAAGGUCGACUUCAAUCGGAGCGACGAUCACAGCGUCGUCCUCAACAACGUGGAGACGAAUUUGGCUGGGAAGUACCGCUGCGAGGUCUCGACGGAAGGACCCACUUUCAUCACGAGAACCGAGUCCAGCUACAUGCACGUCGUCAAGCUGCCGAGGGGCAACGUCACGGCCCACGUGGAGAAGCCCAAAUACGCGCUCGGCGACACCGUCCGAGGAAACUGUACCGCACCGCCUGCCAAUCCGCCGGCCAACAUCACAUGGACCGUCAAUGGACAUCCGGUCAAUGCGAGCUACGUCAGAAACAUUCCCAUGAGAAAUGUGAACGACAAUCGAACGAUCGCUAUCGCCGGACUCGAAUUCGAGCUCAUCCCCGAUAGCUUCAGAAACGGCACGCUGCAGAUUAUCUGCCGCGCCAGCAUCUUCCAUCUUUAUAAAGAGCAAGCUAUUGUGGUCCUGGAGGAAGAACGCCCGAGACUCGCAUCCGUGCUUGGGACACGCGAGUCCUCUCACAGUGGUAGCAUAGCAAUUAGCCUGGAAGGAUGGUUUAUAGGGAUGAUGAUUGCCAAUAUAUUACUAGACAGUAUGAGAUAACAUCUAUAAGAAGAAAAAUUGAAAUAAAACCUGGAUAACUUCGAAUGAGUUUGAAAGGACAGAGUGAAGGAGAUGGAGAUAAAGAAAGAAAGAGAGAGAGAGAGAGAGAGAGAGAGAGAGAGAGAGAGUGCGAGGAAGGGGUAGAGGGCGGAGAAGAAAAAUGAGAAAAAACAGAGGAAGCGUGCAAUACGAAGUCAUUUGUAAAGUUUUUAAAUUUCUCGAGUUAAGAUCAUAAGAGAGGACGGAAUAUAAUAGAAUGAACGACUGUGAACUGUAAUGAUGAAGCGAGAAAGUGUUUCCGCGAUUCACUUAUCGAACGUAUGUUAUUUGUGUAAAUAGAAUACUAAUUUAGUGAAAAAUGUCUGUACGUAUAACGCGAGACGCGCAUGCAUUACGGCGCAAAUUUGUAAUCCAAAUAAUAUGUCAUUAUAUAAGUAGAUGAAAGAUGUUCCCUCAGAAUAUCAAAAAUAUCUCGUUUUGAGCGCAUGAAAGAUAUAUGCCCGAUGGAUAUUUUUUAUUCACCUGACAGCUUUCUUUGGUACCUGGCAGAAGUAAUCGCUGCCUACGCAAAGUACGUCCUAUCGAGCUCUUAAGACGAAAUGUUGUUAUUGUUUCCCAUGGAAUCUUGUUUAAAUGACUAACAAAUAAAACCUUUGUUACGUUCAC